AUGCUAAGUAGAAGAAUAUGGCAUUUAGGGAAUGAUAAGUUAAAGAGAUUUUUUCAAAAUGGUCAGAAAAUUGAUAAUAAUAUUUUUGAAAUACGAUGGUGUAACUUUAGUGAAAUUAUUGGAAAAUAUAAUAAACGGGAUAAAAAAAAAUUUAUUAUAUCAUUAAAUAAAAAAAAAAAUUCAAGCAAUUUUGUAGGGAAAACAUAUCAAGAACAAAAUAUAAAAAAAAGGAAUCAAAGUUUUGAAAAAAAUAUAUAUUUAAAUAAAAUAAAUUUUAAGGAUAAAGAAAAAGUAAAAUCUUAUGACAAGACAGAAAUUAUUGAAACAAAUAAUAUAAAAAAUGAUUAUAUAAAAGAAAUAUUAAAUAAAAAUAAUAUAUUCUAUAUAUACACAUAUCAAUAUUUAUUAAUUGAAUUUUUAAAGUAUAAUAAUAUUUUUGUUGAUAUAUUAUAUCCCGAUUCAAUGUUAUCCUAUAUUCUAUAUUCUUUUUAUAAAAUAUGUGUUGAUAAAUCUGGUGUAACAAAUUCGAUCGAUCUAAAUAUGAGCACAAGUAUUAAAGGGAAAGUUGGCAUAGUAGACAAAAGGAAAAUAGAUAAAGAACAAAGUAAUAAUAAGUUCUCAACUAAUGUAGAAAUAAAAAAAAAUUAUUUAAAUGAAAAUAUGGAUAACAAAGUUAAACAUAUUAGUAAAGUUGAAAAUAACAUGGAUAAAGAGAAUAGAGUUCUUUUGGUUGGCUGUUCAGAAGAUAAAAUAUCUGAAAUGUAUGAGACAAUAAUGAAUUUAAAAAAUGUAAAUAUAUUAACAUAUAUAAUUUCAAAUGAAGAAAGUAUUAAUAAUAUGUCUAAUAAUAUUUUUUUAUAUAAUAUGUUUUUAAUUAAUUUAGAAAAUUUUAAAGAUGAUUAUGAUUUUAGCAUAUUAAUAGAUUAUGUUAAUUUUAUAGUUAUAGAUGAUAUAUAUGAAAUUUAUAAAAAUAAAAAAUCAAAUUUAUUAAAAAAUAUUUUAAAAAUUUAUAAAAAAAAUAAUGAAAAUAAUAAUUUUUUUAAAAGCUUUCAAAUCCUGUUAUUAAAUAAAGUCCAUGAUGAAUGGAUAAUAAAAGAAAUAAAACAAUAUUUAAAAAGUCUAAAAUAUGUAAUAAAUUAUCAAACUCAAUCAUCAAUCGAAUAUUCAUGUAUUAAUAAUAUAAGCCAAGAUCAAACAAGUUGUAAAAAACAAGACAUAUCAAUUAAUGAAAUAAAUAAAUUUCAUUAUUUUGAUUUAAGUAAUUAUAAAAAAAAUAAUUGCACACAUAUGAGUGUAAAUAUACCUUUUAAUGAUGAUAAAAAAUUUUUAGUUUUAUUCUACUUAUUAAAUAUAAAUAAAGAUAAAAAAAUUGUAAUAUAUUAUAAUAAAAACGACAUAUACUCAUUUUAUAGUUAUAUUAAUUCUUAUAUGCCCUGUAUAUUUAUAUCCAAUACAUAUAAAAAUAGUUUUAAAAAUAAUAUUAUUAGCAAUUUUAAUAAAAAUAAUAAUUAUAUUUUAAUUACUGAUGAUAAAAAUAUUAAAAAAUUUAAUCAGAUUAAUGCUAAUCUUUUUAUACAUUAUAAUUUUCCCGAAAAUGUUAGUUCCUAUACAGAUCUAUUACUCGAUGGGAUUGUAAACAAAACAAAUAAAGACGAUCCAGCUAAAAGGGAAGAGACUAGACAGGCAAGCAUUCACAAUAGUGGCACUAGCAAAAUGUGUAGAAACGAAUAUGCUUAUGAAAAUAAUGACAAGAAAAAUGAGCAUUAUAAUAUUUUCGAAAAAGGUGUAUCAUCUUUUGCCACUGAAAAGGUAUAUUCUAUUUUAUUUUAUAACAAAAAAAAAAUUAAUAAAGAAUAUAAAAUAUUAGACAAUGUUUUUAAUUUUAUUAAUUAUGAAUUACCCCCUAUGAGAGAUAUAAAAAAUAAUUUUUUAAAUUUUUUAAUCCAUGAAAUUGUUAGUGUUAAUAUAGAAAGUGAUAAACAUUUAGAGGAAGCAAAACAUAUUUAUAAAAAAUAUGGACAUAACUUUAUAUCAGCUUCAUUACAUUAUAUUAUAGAAAAAAAAUUAUAUAAAAAAAGUUUUAAAAAUAAAGAAUAUACAAAUAUAACAUUUAUUAUUGAAAGAAAUAUCAUUUUAAAUACAAAAAAUAAAGUUAUUGAAUUUUUAAAUCAUUUAUUAAAUUUUAAUAAAAAUAUUGGUGAUAUUAAAUUUUUUAUUCAAAAUUAUUUGUAUAGUAAAAGGGGAUAUAUUAUGUCCCUUCCUGAGAGCAUAUAUAAUAUAAUACAUAAAAAUAAAAACGACAUUAAAAAUAUAGACAAAUAUAAUAAUAUACACAUGUAUAUUUUAUAUAACAAUUAUCAAAAGCAUUUAAGAACUGGAUCUUUAGUAAGAGGAAAAUACCAGUCGAAAAAAUCAAUUAGACGGCUAAAAAAACGAAUGAACAUAAAACAGGAACAAGCUGAAAUUAACAAAAUGAAAAACAAACUAUCUUCAACAAUUAAGUUGAAUAAAAGAAAUGUAAACCCUUCAAAAGUUUGA